GGGGAAUGAAUCAUUAGCACAUAGUAGUAGUUCGCGGAUAUGAUGUCCUUAUCCCAUAAAUAAAUGCAUAAAUAAGACCCACUUCUAACUUUUCCGCUGUCGCUCGACCUUUUUGGUUCCUCUGUCAUCGCCGAUAGUAACAGAGUCUUUUUUAGUGAAGGCUCUCAUACUUCUUUGAUCUUCAGGAGAAAUGGAUGGUCCCGGGCACACUGUUCCUUUGGUUGCAAAUCAGCCAAAUAAAAUGGAGAACAACAAGUCAGAGGAAUGUGAAAGCAGCAGUCGCGUUACAGUAUGGUUCGUAAGCAUGGACGGUCAGAAAACCGCUAUGAGGAUGAAAAGGGAUGUGCCGCUUGGGAAAGCCUUUGAUGCUUAUUGCCAGGUAAAUGAGAUCCCGUGGCGGGAUGGCUGUAAGUUUUAUUGCAGAGGGAAGCUGAUUCAUGAAACCCACACACUCGAUGAUGUUGGCCUUCAAGAAGGAGAUGAAGUGCAUGUUGUGGUUAAUCAAAGGGGCUGUGUUUGUGGCUGCGGCCUAGAACCUGGCCAUCUUUUAUUGUCUUCUUAAAGGCUGAAGGAUCUUCCCGUGGCAGAUUGCGAGUAGCCACUCUAUGUAAACAUGUGAUCUUAAUUAGUAAUUAGUAUCGAAAUAAGCAGGAAGAAUAAGAUCUCCGGUAACUUUAUGUACUUGUUGGCUACUUGUACAGUUGUUGUACUAGUAGUUCUUACUGUGUUUAUUUGUUUUGGUUCAUCAUGAAUCAUAUGUGCAUUUAAUAAAGAACCAUGGGAGUAUUAAAUUUUGAGGCCUUCAUAUGCAAGGUGAAGAAACGAUGCGGAA